CCUGUUGCUCCAGUUAGUUAAACUAGUGGUUGGAUUGUAGUCACAGCUAGAUCUGAACGUCCUCUGCUCGUUCUCAGAGCUCUUCUGCUCGUUUUCAUCGGUUUUUAAGUUACUUUGGGAUUUUUUUUAACAAUGAGGUCACCAGCUGCGCCUUCUGAGACCAUCUGAGAUGGAGAAACCCCUAAAAGAAGAUGACUGUGUGGACUCAGGAGCCGAGACUGGAGGGUCUGAUUACAGUCCUCUGUCCUCAACCAGCAGCGAGUUAUCCAUGGGUGAGCUCCAGGAUCCGUUCCUCGUCAGUGUCCACCUCAUCACUGACCCCGGUCAGGGAAAGUUACUGCAGCAUGCUACCGAUGCCGUCCUGACGUGGGUCCACCCUGAGCUGCAGCUUUUCCGAGUGUCCGAGCGGGCGUCUGCCUCCCAGCGACCUCGACCAAAGUGGCAUCAAAAUGGCAGCCAGUCUAUGACCGGUCAGCCUGCCAUGGCAGUCAUCCUCUUCCUCCAGGAGGUGUACGGCGGCGAGGAGCAACUUCUGAUGCUGCACCGCACACUGCAGAGGCCACCAUGGUGUUACCACCACACUGAAAAGGUCAGCAAUGGCCGCUGCACGCUGCCGCUGACGCCUUGCAGUCAGGACUUUUUCACUCUGUCUGCAGGGACACCUCUCUGGGCCGUGCGGCAGGUCCGCUGCGGCAAGGAAAUUGUGCGAUUUACAGUUUACUGUCGCCAUGAAAAUUAUGUUGACAUGGUUCGGCUGUAUAAGCUGCUGCUUCAGCGCCGUGUAGCACAGAAGAAGGAAGACUUUUGCUUCUUUGUGGUUUACUCCAACCCUGAUAUGGAAAUCCAGUUGUCAUUUAAGAGGCUCCCAAGGGGCCAGAGACCCAUGGUGCUGGAGUCGGCCGUGAUGGAGGUCCGGGUGCGGGACGUUGGAGUGCUGGUGCCCCUUCUACCACACCCCUGCAGCCCUAUCAGUGACGUCCGCUGGCAGACGGAGGACUACGAUGGAAACAAGAUCCUACUUCAGGUCCAAGGUGCCUACCUGAGACACGGUCAUCUAUCAUCCUCUGUCACUGAAUCAGGCUCGGCUCCAUCCUUCACCCGCAGCAUCCCCUCCAACAGAAACCGCCGUCACCAUCAGAAGGAACCGUCUCGUCCCAGAGUCCACCAAACCUCCUACAACUCCCUCCCUCUGGCCUGUGAGGAGCAGGAUGAGCAGGAGCAGCAUCCCCACAUCCACAGCUCCCAGUGGAGGAACCAUCACUCCAACUCCCACUACUCACUUCCUAAUGGGGGCUCAGCCAGCCCCCUCUCUACCUGCUACUCUCCUGGUCCUCCAUCAAAAUACCACACCAGGAGCUGCUCCCUCGAAAGGAGCCCCUCCCUUGUCCCUCCGUUCAGACUCAACGUGGAAUCUCUGAUUGGAGCGGAGGAGACGGAUGUGGACACGGGGAACAAGGUGAAUCCUGGCAGCAGUGUGGACAUUUCAGUGGUGUCUGCGUACAUCAAAGCCAGCCUUCCACACACUCCUCGACCCUUAUCAGCACCACCUGAAGACAUCAGGCCCCUUUCCCCUGACAUACCAGAAAAGGCUUACAGGUCCGCCACACUGGGCCGAAUUCCAAUCAGCUUCUCCACCAAGAACGCUUCAUCGGCUUUGCCAGGGUCACACCUCCAGAUCAUCAGUCUCUGCACGAGUACGGCGCCGUCCUCCAGCGACGUCUCCAUAAACCUGUCAGACAGCUGCAGCGUCAUCAGCGCACCAGCGGAGGACAGGGCAGAAGAAGAGCAAGAGUUCUACAUUUGAUCACUGCUACGAGGACGUUUGACAGUAGGGUAGUUAGAUCGGCUGUAGUCUGCCCUCUGCUGUCUGAUAGGAGAACUACAGUGACCUGGACAGAGAAAUGCAGUUUUCUUGUGCAGUGAGAAUGUAUCUGUCACCUUACAGAUUUCUUCUAGUUUUUCUUAUUUUUCACACCUAAAUAUUUCUGAUCAACAUAAACAGCAUUUCAUAAAAUGAACAUUGUUUCAGCAGUCAGACAUGGUGGUGGUAGUGUGAUGGUCUGCUUUGCUGCUUCAGGACCUGGACACCUGCUGUAAUGAUGAAACCAAUAACUCUGUGCUCUUUACCAGAAAACCUUGAAGGAGAAUGAGUGACCUUUGACCUUAAACAAGUGAAACUAAAGGAGGGCGGGACAACAUUACAGCCAGCACCAUAAACCAUUAAGGGUGUUUCUACCAGUUAUUAGUAUUAGGGGUCCUUUUACUUUUUCACACAGAACCAGGUUGGUCUGGAUAGUUUAUUUUCCCUUCAUGGGUGAAAUAACCAAUUUAGAACUGUGUUAGUUUGCUGAUCUGAAAAGUGUGUCAAAACAGCAAAAACAGUAAAUCUGUAAGGCGUAAAUAUCUAAAGCUCUGUAAAUAUAAACAUACAUGUUAUAGAUUCAAUGGACCAGCCACACAGCUGUGCGUGAGCUCAAUAAAAGAUAACUCUGUUUUAAUUGUGUAAAUGUCAAAGACUUUCAGCUUUUUUUGCCCUUAGGUAAAAAUCUAAAACUUCACAGAUCUGAUCGUGGCGUCUGAUUGGGUCAGACGGACAACAAACUGACUUUCUAGACAGUUUUAGACUUUAUGGGGUAACGUUAUCUAAAAGAAUCAGUAAGCUCACUCUCUGCACUGUUUUAUUUAUGUUUUUCUUUUUUAACAUGAUUUUUUUUUACCUGUCUACCAGAAUAUUUUUAUUUUCUCUGUGUCUCAACUUGGACGUUUGUGGACAGACGAGUGAGGUAGAAGAGUCUGAGGAGAUUACACAUGUCUAUGUUCUUCUGUCCAAUGUCUCUUUUUAGGAUUCUGUACUUUAUUCAUCAUUCCCCCUUUUAUAUUAAUGUAUAAAUGUAAUGAAACAACACAGAAGAUGCAGCUUUGGAAGAGGAAACAGAAUAAUAAAGCUAGAGUUUAUUUGCUUUGAUUCCUUCA